AUGAAUGUUGAUUUAACAAAAAAAGGUCUAGAACGGGUGGCGGAGGAGUUGAUGGGUCGAAGAAAAUGGAAACUAUGCCAGGACGCAUUAAUACCAAAGAGGAGCGAGCCCGAAGCUUCGAGCGACGAGUCUAUGCCUGGCACCGACCCCCCUCCCGCGCUCAAAAUCAAGACCAUAGAGCAGAUAAACGCGCCCGAAGCGGAGGAGAAGAGCUCGCGGCCCGAGACGAUACUGGAGAGUCUGAUCAAGAGGCCGGCGACCCAGCCGAAGCUGGAGUUACCAGAGCCCACAGACUGGAAGCCGCCGGACAAAUGUUACUUUUGCGUGGACGGGGAGAGGGGUGAGCCGGUUGCGGAGGGGGGGCAGGGCGGCGCAACCAGUCCGGCAUCAGAAUCAGACAGCAGUUCGGUGUCGGGGGCGAAGAGUCCAGCGGGCGCUCCGCCUCUGCUGCAACACCUGUUACAGCUGCAGCUGCAGGCGCAGAUUCCAGCAGAUGGUAGCGGCCCUGGCGACGCUGGGCACGGGGCUGGUGCCGCCGGCGGUGCUGUCCCAGUUCAGUUGUCUUUGCCGUCUGGCGGACACCAUCGGCAGACACCCUCCACUGGCAGGCAUAUUGUCUCUCGUAUAAAUACUUUGAAAAGAGGUCCGUUGGACGUAAGUAAUAAUGUGACAAGACGAGCAUACACAGACGACGAGCUGCAGUCCGCGCUAAGGGACAUCCAGUCAGGCAGGCUCGGCACGCGGCGUGCCGCCGUCGUUUACGGCAUUCCACGCUCGACGCUUCGCAACAAGGUCAAUAAAUUUGGACUCGCUACGGAGCAACACGACUCAGAGGCCGACAGCGACUCCGAACGGCCCGAAUCACCGCCUUCUGUCAUAUUAAAAAUUCCGACAUUCCCUCCGCCUGACGACAAGAGCCCAUCACCGGCCACUCCAGUCACCACCCCCAUCACACCGAUCACACCGAUCAUCCCACCGCCGCAACCUCCGCUAAACCCCUCUGCGCAUUUACCAGCCUUCUUUGCGGAUCCCCCGGCCAACCAGCAUUUGUUCACGUCUAUUAAUGAUGUUAUAGUAAGAAGCAUUAGCCAAAAGUUUCAGCAACUACCGGACCGACCGACUCAAGCUUCUGAUCUGCAGUAUAUGAGAGCACCUGACCGACAUGUAUCCGUUAUCAAAACUCCGCCGGAGAAUCAAAGGAACUAUCAAAUGCCUAGUAAUUCGAAAGCAACGAAUAAUGGACAGCCCGCCACGGGAGGUAAAGGCACGAGGCCCAAAAGAGGAAAAUACAGAAACUAUGAUAGGGAUAGUCUCGUAGAGGCAGUGAAGGCGGUGCAAAGAGGGGAAAUGUCGGUCCACAGGGCUGGUUCGUACUACGGCGUCCCACAUUCAACGCUCGAGUAUAAAGUGAAGGAACGACAUUUGAUGCGACCGAGAAAAAGAGAACCGAAACCACAACAAGAUCCGAAACCACCACCGAAACCCCAGCCAAAAGCACCGCCGACGACCAAACCAUUCUCAAACGGGAUGAACGGACCAGACACACCGGCGUAUCCAACCGGCUACCCGUUCUGGGCAGGCGCUGGCUUCCCACCGCCAUCGCCAGAUUUGUACGCAUCACAUAUGAUGCGACGGUUGCGUGAAGAAGCACCUCCGCCGGCGAACGGGUCAUUUCUCGAAGGUAUAAUCCGAUCGAGCUUAGAGCGCCCCGGGGCGGCUUUGAUGCACCGACUAACAGAGCAGCGACCACUCGGGCCACAGGACGCACCGAGUCUAUUAAGACGUCUGACGGGCGAGCCUGACGAGCCUCCAGCGAGGCGCGCGCGGCUCGAUAGCUCCGAUCGGCAGCUGGCAGCGGAGAUGCGCGAGGCAGUGCAACGGCUACGCGCUGACAAACUUCGGCCACGCAACGGGACUCCCACGCCCCCCGCACCUUCCUCACCCUCGCCGGCACCCGCUCCUGCGCCGCCCGAUCGAACCUAG